CACCACAAUCCGAGCGGAGGCAGCGAGGCACGGCUCACCAUCAGCACCAGCGCCCGUCCUCACUCCUACUGAAUCUACCGAAAAAUACGCGGCAGGGACACCGCCCGCAGCGACACGAAGGACCGCAGGAAAAGAUUUCACUAAUCAUGUACGAUGCAACGAGGGUGCCUUCUCCUAAGGAUGGUGCAAAUGCUGUGGUCCAACCGGCGGUCCCCGGAGCCGAACCCGGAACAGCUGCAGGAACGGCAGGGCCAACACCCACCGCGGUGCCACAAGCUAAAAGUGACGAGGGACAGUCCCGCGCCGAGGAGGACGAGGAGCCUAAAGUAGAACCUGUCCUGGUGAAGAAGCCUCACCGAGAGAUUCUGGACCACGAGAGGAAGAGGAGGGUGGAGCUUAAAUGUAUGGAGCUCCAAGAGAUGAUGGAGGAGCAGGGGUACACAGAGGAGGAGAUCCGACAGAAAGUGAGCACAUUCAGACAAAUGCUGAUGGACAAAGAGGGCGUUAUCACCAGAGAGGGAUCUCACACGCAGGUGAACCACCUCCACUAUCAGCCGCAGGAGGACGAACACGACCCGGAAGUAGACGGCUACGAAGAUGGAGAUUAUGACUACCACAGUGACAACAGGUUUGGCAGCUCCUCACCCACUCGCAGGGAGAAGAAGAAAAAGAGUGGGAAGAAGCACAAGCGAGGCAGAUCUGCCUCAGACUCCAGAAAAAAAAGAAGAUACAGGUGUGUAUCCCACAAAACAYUUCAGCACCCUGUCAUCUUGUAGUCAGAGCGUAUGUCUACACAAUCUUUGAGUUUUGUUUUGUCGCCAGCAUCGUUUCUGCCUGAGAAUUCCCAUUUGUUGAAACAACAGCGUCAUCAAAUGUUACAUCGAUCCUCCCUGCUUGUAAUCUGCUCAGCUUCAUUAUCUUGCAUCUGAUUUUUGUUUCAGAUCAGGGAGCCCAAAGAACAAACACAAAGACAAGAACAAACAGAAAAAGAGACUAAAAUCCAAGCACAAGGCAGACGGACAGAAGGCAUCGGGCACGUCACCGGCUCCAAACAAUCCUGCUGCRAGACACAACGGGGAUCACAACCAGUGGAGUCGCAAUGGCAAGGCCAGACUCACACACGGCGAGGGCGAGAAGGGGAACGAUGUACGUAAUCUCCUCUGUUUUACUCCCCCCACCCAGUCCAGCGGUUUCUACCACAGUUUUCAAAUCUUUUAACGUGUUCUCUUGUGUUGGUUUACAUGAACUCUCCUCUUUAGACAUGAAAAUAUUUUUAUCUCUAAAAUCUGGGUCAWGGUAUAAAUAUUACCACUUUGAUUUUUGACGCGUCCUGUGUGAAAAGCUCCCGUCGCUUUGUUUCUGGCUCUGUUUUUUUCAACUCCUCUGCCAUCUUGUUGCUUUUUUUUCCUCUCUCUUUUUGUCAGUUUGUUUAGUUGUUGUUGUUUUUUUAGUUUUUCUUGUUGUGUGCCAGUAAGCGAGGGAGGGAGACAAGAGAAGAAAGGUCACUGUAGAGGGCUUUUUUCCAGCACACAUCCCCCGAGUCACAGCCUAACAUUUAGCAUAUAAUGUGUCGUGGAAAACUGUAAUUUUCUCAAAAGGAUUCUGAAUAAAUUAGAAAAAAAUG